UCGGGCGGCCGCGGUUGCUCUGUCGUUGCCACUCGUCGUUGCGUUUGCUUUUGCUUGCAUUUCCGAUUUCUGACAACUGAGCUCGGGCAAUUGUUGUGACAACUUUUAUUGUUUUUAACCUGAUAUGUAAAUAAAACUUAAUCGAAUUAUGUAGUAAUCAGUGGCGAUAGUUUUCGAACAGUAACUUCCAGCGAAAUAACCAUAAAUUGACGUUUACUUUAAGUUAUAACACCUAUAAGUGAAUUCGUUUUGGUAAGGUUAUCUCCAGUGGCCAAAUCCCUGAGUUCAUGCACUUUUGCAUGAUUAUCUUGAAAACAGUUUGUACUUAAUUUAAAGCCCGGAUGUGUUACCGGCGAUUAACCCAUAUUUUUCCAUGCUUACCUAUUUUUAUUGAUUAAUAGAAAACAAACGAUUACAAUUUGCUUCUACUGAUUGUUUUGGGACCACCGUGCAGUAUUAUUAAUGACUAGAUUCGAUAAGUUGAAAAAGGGCUAAGUUAGCACCAUAAAAAUACAUACAAUAAUCGUUUACUUUUCGUACCAAAUGCUUUAUUAGUGUAAGUUUUUAUUUAGUGUGCAUAUUUACUUGCAUCAUUUGCCUGAAUUUAUUGUUUAAAUUGAGUAACAGUGUAGUGGUGCUAAGUUGACGUAUCAAGAUGGCCGAAGUGCUAAAGAAACAACGAAAAAGUAAUUUUUCCCAGGAUGAAGUUGAAACUAUAGUGAAAGCAGUGAUGGAAAAUUACGAAACUUUUUACGGGGAAUUCUCCAAAAAAGCUAUAAAUAAAAUUGCAAGACACAAAGCUUGGUUAGAGGUAACAAAAGAAGUGAAUUUGGUGUCAAGUGAAAAGAGAACUUUACAAGAAGUCAAAAACAAGUGGAAGAAGUGUCAGCAUUUAUAUCGUUCUGAUGAUCAUUUUCCAUAUAAUAGUUUUAGCGAUGAUGUUCUCGACGUCACGAAUGUUUGGGAACCGCUGACAGAAAUUGAGGAUGAAGAUUCUAUGCCAUUAGGGCUACGACUCAAAUCACCUCUUCCAGUGUUACCACCUGAACCCACAGAACCAGUAUUGCAGAGUCAACCUCUUUCUCCUACCAAAUUGAAGGUUACAAGACAAGCAAAACCCUCUUUGCCUUCUCCCAAGCCUCCUACACCUCCACCACCUCCUCCACCCAUCGAAGAGGUUUGUCUCAAAUGGAAUAGUCACCAUUCUAACAUGCAACAUACGUUUCCCAGUUUAUUACUUCGAGAGCAAUACGUAGAUGCCACAUUAGUUGCCGAGGGACAGACAUUGAAAUGUCAUAGGGUCAUUCUAUCAUCUUGCAGUCCUUACUUUGAAGAAGUUCUGGCUAGCAUUAGUCCUUACCAACACCCUGUGUUAUUUAUGAAAGAUACUCCAUUUUGGAUUUUAAAAUCUCUCUGUGACUUUAUGUAUUCUGGAGAGGUCCACAUCCUUCAAACCAAGUUAGAGGAACUUUUAGCAGUUGCAGAAAAUUUGAAAAUUAAAGGCUUGGCCGGUCAAGAAGAGGUUAAAAAUCAAGAAAUCAAACCAGAAGUUCCGGAUAUUAUCAAAGAGGAGAUCAAAGAGGAAGUAAAGAAAAAAGAAGAAAAGGAAGUAAAGAGAAAAGAGGAGAAAGAAGCAAAGAAAAAGGAAGAGAAAGAAAUUAAGAAAAGAGAAGAGAAAGAAAUUAAGAAAAAGGAAGAAAAAGAAAUCAAGAAAAAGGAAGAAAAAGAAAUUAAGAAAAAGGAAGAAAAAGAAAUUAAGAAGAAGGAAGAAAAAGAAAUAAAGAAAAAAGAAGAGAAAGAGGCUAAACCACCAGAAGUUAAACAAAUUAAACGAAAAGAAGAAAAAGAAAUAAAGAAACGGGAUGAAAAAGAAACAAAAGAAAAGAAAAGAGCAGUACAAUUAGCACCUUUAGUAGAAAUGCCAGUGCUAAAAAGUUCUAAAACUAUCAAAAUUCCUCUACAGCAGUCAGAAAUGCCUGUUUUAAAAUCGACAAAACCACCACGAGGAUCCGGUAUUUCAAGAAGGACUGAAAAAAGGACGUUCGAAAAAGAGAAAAUUGAAAAACCUCUUCCAUCCAAAGAUAUAUCUCAUAAAAAAGAUUUCUUUGACCCAAUAUUAGAUUUGCUAGAACCAGUAUAUGAAGAAGUUGCAAAGGAUCCUAAACCUACUAAAGCUAUUGUUCCUAAAGAUCCCAAAAAUAUUACUGUAAGGCGAAAUGUACAGAAGAAACUGAAGAAGCGGAAGAUAACGGAUGACAGAGAAGAAUCUCCACCUCCGAUUUUCACUCGAAAGGGUACCCGUUCCCGUCCAAAUAGGAAAGUUCCGAAAUAUUUCCAUCCUCCAGAUGACCAAUCAACAAUUGUACGUGAACCGCAUACAGACCAAGCUGACCUCCUUAUGCAUCUACAAUGCAUAAAAUCCGAACCUAUAUAUGAAGAUUCUAUUGAAAUUGAAGAUAAUUUAGUGGGCUUUAGCGAAUCUUCGAUGUCAGUAGAAGAACAAUUAAUAGGAAGUUAUGCUCAAAGUUCAUUUGGUGACUAUAAUCGUAGAACUACGAGAAGUAAACAAAAAGAAAUGCAACCAAUUAUAAUGGAUGUUCAGAGUAUCGCGAAUCAAAAAGAAGAAACAACAUUAAAUAUAAUCAAUGUAGCUCAAUUGACGGGUACAAAGUUGAUUGAUCCGUUGGAAGAUCCACUCACUCUAAACCAAACUAAUUCAGAUAGCCCAGCAAUCGUUCAAGGUACAGAUAAUACCUUGGGGUUUCGUAUAAGUCAAGUCGUGACUGAAAAAGAAGAUAGCAGAUCAUCUGAGGCUUGUACGGACAUGGGUUUUCAAAUAACUAAUGUUGUUAGUGCACAAGAAGUCCCAAAAAAGUCUGAAGAAAUAGAAGAAAAUGAUUCUAUGUUUACAGAAUUUGAAGCAUCUGCUAUUGUACCAAAAAUUGAAUGUAGCGAUACAAUGAACGAUGAAAAUAUAACUCCAGUUGAAGAACCUGAACCAAUGGACACAAACGAGGAAGACCAGUCAGCUAUUUUACCUACUACAUCAUUUGAUGACACAAUAAAUAAAUCAAAUGAGGAAGAUCGGCUAAAAGAUUCAAGUGAACUGAUUGAUAACUAUCAGUCUUCUAGUAAAGAAUGUAAUUAUGCAGAUAAUGAAUUCAUAGAAUCAAGGUCUCAUGAUAAUUUUAAAGGCACUUUAGUUGUAAAAACUGAUCUGAUAAACAAAAAUGAAGAAGAUCAGAUGUCAAUUUUACCUGGUACAUCAUUACAAGGGAACACCACCCAAGAUACACAUGAAUUUAUAGGAAAUUCUCAACCACCUGAUAAAGAAACUUUUGCUGCAGACAAUAAAUUGGACGAAAUGGGAUCUCAAGACGAAUUUGUUGAUGGCACUUCAGUUAGAAAUAUAGACCAUAAUACUGGUUUAGAACCUACACCAGAGGCUGAGAUUCUACCAAACGAUACAAAACUAGAAGAACCCCCAGCAGAAUCUGAGAUUCUUCCAAACAAUACAGAUCUAGAAGAACCCCUAGCAGAAUCUGAGAUUCUAGCAAACGAUAAAGAUCUAGAAGAACCCCUAGUAGUAUCUGAGAUUCUAUCAAACGAUACAGAUCUAGAAGAACCGCUAGCAGAAUCUGACACUUUACCUACUGAUUUAUCGAAAGUAGGUUUACCAAAUGAAACAAGUUCGCUACAAGAUCAACAUACCACUUCUGCUUAUACAGCUAUUGUACCUACUGAUUCAAUUCAAGAAGAGCCAGAAUAUAAUGCUUCUUCAAUGAAUAGAAAUGAAGAAACAUCAACUGUAUCAUUUGAAGAAGCACACACUAGUUCUGUUGAAGAAGAUCCUCAUUGUGUUAAUAAAGAAAAACAUUCAGAUUCAGAUAAUUUUGAAAGUAGCAAUCUUAAAGAAACAACGAAUUCGAAUAAUAAUUUAGAAACUCAAGACAUGGCGGAAAGUCAAGUUGGCGAGAUUGAUCAGUUAAUGGAAGUAGUUGAAGAUGAAUUAGCAGAAAGUGCCAAAAAUAAUGAAGAAAACCAGUCUACAAAUGACCUAAAUGAUAGUAUGGAUGAAUCUAUUCUUGAAGAAGGAAUGGAAGAAGAAAGUAGCUUAAAUACAGGGAAUUUGGAAAAUGUUUCUCAAGAAUAUGCAACUCUAAUGGGUAAUAAAAUUCAAGAUGAAACAAAUAUGGAGUUUUCAGAAGAUAUACAAGAAAGAGAAGAUAGAUUAGAAAAAGAGUUACUUCAAGAAAAUAAUGACAUAUCAAGUAAUUUUGAUUGUAGUACUAAUGAUAAAAAUUAUGAAAAUAAUCUACUCAAUGACGACUAUGUUCCAGGAGAAGUCAGUAGUUCAAUUAUUCCCAACGAAGCUUACACCAUGGAAGAUAAUUCAAAUGCCUCUCCAGAAAAUUAUAUCAAAGAUGGAGCUACUUCAGACGAACCUAACGAACAUCUUGAUGCAGAAAAUAGUUCGAAUACAGUUCCUGAGACUUAUGUUAAAAAUGAAAGUAAUUCAAAUGAAGAUAGCUCAGAAAGUAAUACAAAUGUAUUUCCUGAAAGAAUUGUUGAAGCUGGAAGUAGCGCAAUUGUUCCCGCAGAAGCUCACAUUUCAGAUGAAAGUAGUUCAAAUAUACUCAACAAAGAAUAUGUUACUGAAGAAAGUGAUUCAAAUACGUUAAAUGAGAAUUUUGUUCCAGAAAAAAAAACUUCGAAUACAUUUAAUGAAAAUUGUGCUACAAAUGACAACAAUGCAAUUCUUCCUAUCACAGAAAAAGGAAUAAUACCCAAUAUAUGUAUAAAAGAAAGUAGUAUGAAUGGCCCAAGCGAUAACUACCCUGCAGUAGAAACUAAGACAUAUUCACAAAAAUCAAGUGCACCAGAACUGAAUUGUCAGACCGAUCAAGCUAGUAGUAGUACAAGUCUACCUGGAUUCCACAUCGCCCAAGUUAUUAGUGAACAAAUUGCAGAAAUUGAAGGAAACAGAUAUUCUGGUCACUUUUCAAAUAAUUCUAAAGAUUUGAGUGCUUCGUGUGAGAAAAAUUUCAAUGAAUUAGAAUCUAUUGUAAAUGAUCUGUCAAAAAUAGUUGGUGAUACUUGUGGUAGUUUAGAGAGUGAAAGUAUGGAUGAUACUAAUUCUAUAGCAGAUUCACUUGAAAAUCUCCUGCAAAAAUAAAUAUAAAAAUGACAAGUAAAAACCUUAAGAUUGGAGAAAAAUAAUGGGUAAAAUUUACUAGUUUAUAAAAGCAAGACAUUGGGUAGUUUUCAAGCAGGUAUGGAGGCAGUUUAUAUUACCUCACUACUUUUUUGAGCCAGUGUUCUGCACUCUCAAUUUAAAAAUACCAUUCAGUGUUUGGUUUGACCCAGAGAUAACAGUAGAUGUAACUUACAAACAAAUAUCGUGCUGUAAUGAAUAAUACAUAUUUUAAGGGACAGAAGGGUAUACUAUCUGCUGUUGUCAUGCCUAUAUCAUUAUUCUUAUUAUUACAAAAUUAUUUACAUAUCUUAAAAAAGCUAAAAUAAUUCAACCUAUAUUAUAUUGCAACUGAGCCCAACAAAAAUUGAGUCAUUAGUUAUAUCAAAUUUAACUAAAUUAGAUGUAAUAAUUUUCAAUAAAUUCCAAAACCUAGUUAAUGUUAAGUUGGAUAUCAAGUAUUUGGUAUUACAUGUGGCAACAGGGCUUGUAUUUUCUACAUUAUUUAUUAUAAGCGCACAAGCACUUACACAUAUUAAAAAAAAAAUGUAUCGCCAUAAAAUCCUUGUUUAGCCCCUCUUACCACUCUGUUGGCAGCAUGAAUAUCAAUAGAUAGCUACAUCUUCUGUUAUCUCUGGUUUGAGCAAAUAUCAAAUAAAACGAAAAAGAAAAAAAAUUAGUCUUACAGAAGAUUGAACGGUUUCUUAUCUGAAAUCGAAACGGCUCAGGACAUUAGCUUGAGUUUGUGGUGGGGGAAAUCUAAACCGCACCCAUAUCUGCUUAUGAUCUGUCAAAAACUCAGGACAAUUGCCAAUUUUUUUUAUCACAUUUACUUUGAUAUGGUAAAGUGUAAGCAAAACUUACAUUAUUGAGACUGAAUUUGAAAUUUCUCCAAUUUAAGGUUUUUUGUAUGCAUUUUAGAUUAAUAAUCUAUCAUAGUACUGAUUAAGGCUUAGGUAUCACGAUAGGUGGUUACUUUUCUUAUUUUAAUUAGUGUUGUAUAUAUUAAUAUAUUUUUUUGAUUAAUAUUAGUAAAUGUAGAGUAUUUUUUUUUUGUUUAUUUAUGCAUUUAUGGCUGAAUUGCAAAAGCAUUCGUUAAAAAAUUAGGCAAUAGUUAAAUAUAAGGAGAUAAUUUCGAAUACAUCUUUAAUUUGUUACUUAAGAUUUAAAGAGUGUUGUUGCAAUUGGGCCUAAGUAUUAUUUGUAUUACUGUGAAAAAAUAAUUUCAUGUGGUUUUCUACCUCUGCAGCUAUAUAACAUCACUAAUCUAAACUGAAUUUAUUGAAAAACUACAAUGGGCUCAUUCAGGCGACUUGUUGGGUCUUCUGAAUGGACUUAAAUUUGUUUAUUAUUUAACCCUUGCUCAACAUCGGCACCAGGAAAAUUAUGUGGUGCGUUUUGUAAACGAAGUAUUAUACCCAGUGUUGCCAACCAAAGGAAUUUUUAAUUUUGGGGAUUUCUAAUGGUUUUUAUUGAUUGGCAUGGCGAUUUUUCAUCACUCUAGGUUGACAAAGCUGAAUAUAUGUGAUUAUAACUGCACAUUUCUCAACUUUAAACAUGAAUUUUGGUAUACACUUGUUAAAAUAAAAAUAUGUCAUUAUGAAUGGUUACGAAUUUAGUAUAUUUUUACAUGACCUUACUUCAUGCUGAAAAUAUUUUAUUAAUUUAGACCCUUCAGGUACUUUUAAUUAUCGACUUCCACCAUAUGUUUUCGGUUUAAAUUAACUGUUGCGUCGGCUGAAUGCGUCCAUUGAUUCAAAGAAUUGUUAAGAACUUCAGGGUCUCCUAUUUUUUACCACAAGUAUAUCGCUAUUUAUUAUUUACAUGUUUUUAAAAUUUACAUCUCUUGAAAAUGAAAUGUACCGACGAUGUGCGAGUCUAACGCCAACCAACUGUAAUCCUUAUUAAUCAAAGUGAACGAAAGAAUUGAAUUUUUUUAAAGAAACAAAGGAUUUUUCAAGUUAUCUCUUAACACAAAAACUGAAAAAUCAAAAUACAAAACCCGUUAAUUAUUAAAAACUAUUUUGGAUAAUAUCA